AUGGCUCCAGAAGCGGCGCGAGAGCGUGAAAUGCACAGGUACUACCAGCCGUGGCUCGAAACCUUCUUGUCGACCGACUUUGAACCUGCCUCGGACUUUCCUCCCUCUGCUACUCAGGCUGAUGCCCAUCGGCCUCGUUCCUCGCGAGACAAGGCGUUGACUGCAUUUGCGCAACUGGGCUGCCUCCGCCUGAACGCCAAAAGAUGUAUAGUCACUUUGCUGGGGACUACGAGGCAAUAUAUCAUAGCCGAAGCUACGAAAUCUCUAUCGCUUUUGAGCGAUGACCACCACGAUGAAGGAGACGAGUUGUGGUUCGGAAAUUCUUUCAUUGAACGAGACGGUGGCAUCUCGGCCGACGCUAUGUAUUGUGACAAGUAUACCGCCUAUGAUCCAGAUGGCUCUUCCUUCACCACCGAAGCGUUAGUUGUCAGCGAUAUCGCCACACAUGAGAAAUACAAAACUCGAGGGUACGCUGGUCGGGGUGUUUCGUUUUAUUGUGGCGUGCCAAUCACCACUCAAUUGGGCCAUGUCAUCGGGGUGUACAACGUCAGCGACGACAAGCCCCGCGAGGGUCUCACGGCAACUGAACUUCAUUUCCUACGGGACAUGUCCGCUAUCGUCAUCCAACAUUUGGAAAGUGUACGGAAUGAUCGUGCCAGGAAGCGAGGGGAGCGCCUCAUUUAUGGGAUUGGGACAUUCAUCGAGGGCGACAAGGCUGAAGGGAGUGAAGACGAUUCCAGUUCCCAACGCGAUAAGUCCAGUAGCUCCAAAUCGAGCCAGAAUACCCAUCCCGAGGCAACCAAGACCGCUGAAUUCAUGGGUUUGGUGAUUGGAGACGCAAAUACACCUGCGGAAGACUCCAAACUCGGGGCCCUUACCCGCGACCGCGCAAAUGGCAGAAUGACACCAAAGUCUUCAGGCUUCAGUCAGAAAGGCAUCCUCAACCACGUAGCCAGACACACGCAAUCGGCGCAUUCUGCUAAAUCAGCCAAAGACAAGAUAAUGCAAGAGUCUCACCAAGUGUUUGACCGUGCCGCCGCUGUUCUCCAAUAUUGCCUCGACGCUGAUGGGGUUGCGUUUCUGAAUGCAAGCUCCGCGAAUCUGAGCUCAGGUUCGAGCAUGAAAACAUCUGGAGCUGCUCUAUCAAAAUUCCAUCAUGAUAAAUCCCAAGGAAGACAUCACUCAGACCAUCAGAACGGAAUGGACGGCGCCGAAUCACAGCAAGGGCUUGCGAGGGACGAUUCUCUCUCCUCCAGCGACGAUACUGCGAGUACGCGGAGCAAUAGCGACUCGUCUGCUUCCCAAAGCAGGAGUCAAAAGUGUGAAAUUCUGGGUAUCUGCACAAGCGAUCCUAACCAGUCAAUCAGCAUCGCCGACCAGACCAUGCGGCGUCUGGUUCGACGUCAUCCGAGAGGAAAGUCCUUUACAUUCGACCAGUUUGGCAAGCCAGCCUCCAGUGACGAGAGCUCUGAGUCUGCGUCGGCUGUGGAUAUUUCCCUCCUGGAUGCUGACCAAGGAUCGAAAGCAGGAAAGCAUAUUCCCACCACCAAUUCUCUGUUGAAAGCACUACCCGGAGCAAGGAAGAUUGUCUUUCUGCCGUUGUGGGAUUUUGCGAAGGAGCGGUGGCAUGCUGGACUGAUAGUUUGGUCGAAUGAUGCAGGCAGUCUGACUAACGUUGAGGACGAUAUGGUUUACCUGAAAGCUUUCAGCAACGCGAUUGUGAAUGAGCUCAAUCGCAUUGAUCUAGCACUUUCCGAUACUGCCAAGUCAACAUUUCUGGCCAAUAUCUCUCACGAGCUACGCUCGCCUCUUCACGGGAUUCUGGGGAGUAUUGAAUUCCUGCACGAUACGGCCAUGGAUGACUUUCAAUCCUCUAUGGUCAUCAGCGUUGAAACGUGUGGCAAGACGUUGCUCGACACAGUCAAUCAUGUCCUUGAUUACGCGAAGAUCCACAGUCUGUCCAAAUCUCAGCGACAAGACCCCGCUUCUAGUCCGGGCCGUGCGCAACGGAGCAAACCUGAAACCAAUCUGACGGAGGAUUUUGAUAUGGCGGUUGUGGUGGAAGAAGCCGUUGAAGCUGUGUACGCCGGCCAAGUCUUCCGAACCGCCAACGCAGACGCAUUGGAAGGGAAAUCGCCUGUUCAGACGGCCGCGAGUCGAGCCAUGCAACAACGCCUGGAGCGACGGGCCAAUAUCAGCAAAGGCUCGGCCAAAGCAGCAUCCGCGGUCCGCCUUACCUUGAACAUCGACGAUCAUACCAACUGGUGGGUCAGAUCUCAACCCGGGGCUGUUAGGCGGAUUGUCAUGAACAUUCUGGGGAAUGCCUUGAAAUAUACUAGCAAAGGGAGUAUCAAUGUUGCGCUCGAGGUUGAUCGCUCGCGUAACAAGGCGAGCUCGAAUCUACACAUGCUGCUGAAGAUUGCCGACACCGGCCGCGGCAUGUCGGAUGAUUUCAUGAAGAAUCACGCAUUUACUGCAUUCUCCCAGGAAGACACUUUGGCUACAGGUACAGGCCUUGGGCUCAGCAUUGUCCGACAAAUUGUCGACUCUCUUGGAGGCAAGAUCGAUCUGUCAAGCGAGAAGGACGUGGGCACCGAAGUACGAAUCUGGCUCAGACUACCAAAGAGUCAGAAGGAUAUCAGUUCGUUGCCCGAAGCAAACAUUAUUCCAGAGAUGCGCCAGCGCACCACGGGACGAGAGAUGUGUAUGCUCUUGCCCUAUGAUGAGAAGAGCAGCGAAACCGAUGUCCGCCAUCUUGUCCCGAUGCCGACGAUAGAGAGCUCAAUGCGGAACUUGGUGUCUCAGUGGUUCCGAAUGAAGAUCACCACGACCAAGACCAUGGAUGGUCUCUCGCCGGACUUCUUUAUCUAUCCUGAGCCACCACCUAUUGACUACCUAAUUGACUACCACGGCAAGCCAGAAACGGAAAGAGAAGUCCCCGUUAUCAUCUUGUGUACGAAUGCAUUCGAAGCAGCAUCCUUGAGGUCAAACGGCAUCCACUACCUUACGGAUAUUGGCAGAGUCAUCGAGGUGAUUGCACAACCGUGUGGGCCGCAGAAGCUUGCUAAGGUGCUUCAUCGGUGUAUGCAACGGCUGGAGAUGCUACAAAAGGACCAUGCGAAAAAGCCCUCGAAAACAGCAGCGUUAUCUUUCGGGCGAGACCGAAUUGUGGAUAACGAGAGCAGCCGAGCAAGUGAGGAUAUUUCCAGGCCAGAUGAAGAAGCAGUUCAGGACGUUGACCAUACCUCUACGCCUGAUGGUGACGGUAUAGCCAAGCGCCAGUCGGUCGAUGAUUUGCGCAAGGUUCCCACCGAGAACCAGUCCAACUCGAGAAAACCAUCAUUAGUAAAAAUGGGGACUUCAGAAGAGGUGGUCACAUUAAACCAAUCAGAUGUUACGCAAAGCGCUGCCCUGCCUCGAGAACCCGACACGAACAAUUCCCGCGUCCUGGUGGUCGACGACAAUCACAUCAAUUUGCACCUCCUCGUUACAUUCGUUCGCAAAGCAGGCUACCCCUUCGAGUCGGCCACUGAUGGAUUGAAGGCUCUAGAAGCAUACAAGAAGAGCGUCCAAGAGGGUGCUGGUCAAAAUCCCUUCAAACAUAUCUUUAUGGACAUUUCCAUGCCUGUGAUGAAUGGGAUAGCUUCGGCUAAGGAGAUUCGACGAUUCGAGAAGGACAACAAGGUUAGCCCACCCGCUAAGAUCAUCGCUCUGACGGGUAUGGGCAGUGAUGUUGCCCACAAUGAGGCGAUCGACGCCGGGUUUGAUGAGUUCUUGAGUAAGCCGAUUAAGUUCAAGGAUCUGCAGAAACUACUGGUCUGA